GCGAGUUCGUGAAUCGUGGUUCGAUCGCUCUACCGACGAACUCGCGAUAGAGUGAAGAAAGCGCGAGCGAAGAAAAUGGCGGUUAGCUGCCGGCUUCGCCUCUUCCUUGCUCUUUUCAUGGCCGCUCUCUCAGCUUUUCCCUCGCCAUGUUCCUCCCGCGAGUUUAAAUUGAGAGAUAAAUCAUCGGACCGCGUUCCUGUUCUGCAACAAGACAAUUUAACUGUCCUGAUUCCUUUUGAUCCCUCAAAAGUGAUUCAACUGUCAUGGCAACCAAGGGUGUUCUUUUAUGAAAAAUUUCUUUCCGAUGAGGAUUGUGACCAUCUAAUUGCCUUGGCUCAAGGCAAGCUAGAGAGAUUAGUGGUUGAUGCCAGCAAAGAAAACAGUGUGAUGUAUAGCAUUAACGUCAGCAGUGGACUGUUCGUGCCCAGGGGCCAGGAUGAAGUCGUCUCCAAAGUGGAGGAAAGAAUAUCAUCAUGGACCUUUCUUCCAAAGGAAUAUGGAGAGGACAUGCUGAUAGAGCAUACACCAGCCAAUGAAAGUUAUGAACCACAUUACGAUUAUUAUCACGAUAUUUCGAGAUUUGCUGUUGCUGGUCACCGGGUUGUGACUGUUCUUAUGUAUCUAUCCACCAUUUCUCAGGGCGGUGAAACAAUUUUCCCUCAGUUAGAGCUAAAACACACCCAAACGAAGGACCUCCCUUGUGAAGCGACUGGCUACGCUGUGAAACCUGUCAAAGGUAGUGCCAUUCUUUUCUUCAACCUUCACCCCGAUGCAACUCCAGAUGCGAUGAGCCUGCACAGUAGCUGUUCGGUACUCGAUGGAGAGAAAUGGACUGCAACGAAAUGGAUCCAUGUGAGGAACUUCAACCCGAGCAACCAACCCAUGGUUCUCGACGAAGAGUGCACAGAUGAAGAUGAUAAUUGCGCAAGCUGGGCCUUGAUGGGGGAAUGCGAGAAGAACGCGGUGUACAUGUUAGGGACUCCAGACUAUUAUGGAUCAUGUCGAAAGAGCUGCGGUGCAUGCUAAUGCCCUGAAGCCACUCCAUUUUGAAAGCACCAACACUUCCUCAUCCCACUAUUUCUUGUGCAUUUAAUCUAUUUAUUUCAGAAACUUUUGAUACAACUUUAGGAGAUCAAAAAGUGUUGUUCGGUAAAUUUUAGCAGCAAAUAGACAAUCUAAAUUUAUUGUGUUAAUACAUCAAUUUACCAUAAUUCUAGUUUUAUUUAGAUUUUAUAUUAGAAUUUAGCAUCUCUCAACUAUUGUGAAAUCACAAA